CUUCUCUGCUAUAGCUCCAAGCUUAUCCAAGGUCGCCGUCGAACUCAGCUCGCGUCGCCGUCGAACCCAAGAGUUGCUCAGCCCUGCGUCGCUGUCUUGGUUCCGUUGGUUGCUCAUCUCCCCGUCGCGUCGUGGUUCAGCCCUGCGUCGCUGUCUUGGUUCCGUGGUUCCGUGGUUCAGCCCUGCGUCGCUGUCUUGGUUCCGUGGUUCAGCAUCUCCCCGUCGCGUCGUGGUUCCGGUGGUUGCUCGGCGUCGUGGUUCCGGUGGUAUGUUAAUUGUGAAGAUGGGUAGAUACGCAUAUGGUUGAAGAGAGGGGCGAUGAUCGUACUGCCAGCAUAAUCUAUCAUCGUGCUUGUUCGAAUUUCAACAAUUGCAUAAGAUGACUUGAGAUCCCCGAGUCAGAAAUUUUCAGAAGCUUUCGGUGAUUUGUGUCUUUUCAGAAGUUCUCAGAAUCGGAAAAUAAAGCACGUAUUUACUUUUGGAACAACAUAGGUACGAUGAAUGAAAACCAAAUUGUUGUUAGGCAUGAAUCAGAAGGUGGCAAGACUCCCACAACGCGUGACGAAUCACAAGAUGUUAGUACGAUUACAAAGACCAUUAAAGGCCGUGGUCCGUCAAAAGGUGUUAAAGUCGCUAAGCCUAUGUUCCUUGAGUAUAAUGUAUAUAAUGUCCCCGAUGGACAAUGGUCUCAUGAAUACGGGAAGCAAGUUGGGAGUUGUGCUACUAGAAUUAAUAUUAACGUCCCAUUAUAUCCAAAGGUAGAUGAGCAAAUCAAGAAGGGGUUUUGGGAGGAGACUAAGCUUAUGUUCCACAUUACUGAUGAUUCUAAUCAUUCGAGGGAGAAAUAUUUUCAUUCUUGUGUGGCGAAACGAUUUAGUUGUUUCAAGAGCAAGUUGGUGCGCCGAUGGAUAACUAUGAAGGAAAAGAAGCCAAAAAAUCAAACAAACAAGAUGCCUUGGGAUGUCUACAACCAUAUCACAGAGGAUGAUUGGAAGACUUUUGUUAAACAUUAUUUCCUGCCAGAGUCAUUGCUUCGUAGUGAAAAGGCGAGGAAAAGUGCAUCAUGCAACAAGAACCCACAUCGCACCGGCCAAAAGGGUUAUAAUAGAAAGCGACUAGAUUGGAUAAAGGAUGGACGACUUCCACCAGAUGCAGCUUUACCUAUCUCGAGUAGCUCCUCGGUGAACUCAUCAGUGACCUCAAAUGUUAAUAGAGUUAGAAAAUACAGAUCAAAGGAGUGGAUUUUGGCCCAUCAAGUACAAAAUAAAGAGGGAAAGUGGGAAAUUGACCCGAACGAUUCAGAAGUUGUUGAAAUCGCAACAAAAGCUUUAGAGUACAUCGCAGAAGAGGAAAAAGGAAAUCUUUCUUUCGAACAGGGUGAGGAUGCCCUCACUAAAGCUAUAGGGAAAAAAGAUCAUCGUGGGCGUGUCAAGGGAACAGGUGGCAUGGUUGGUAUCAAAAAGGCUUUCGGUCCGUGUAUUCGACAUAGUAGAAGUGACCAUGGUGAAGCUUCAUCAGAAAAUUACGAAUCAAUCAGAGCUUCUGUGAAAAAGGAGUUUGAAGGUGAAUUAGAGAAAAGGGUAGAGAAGAGGGUGGCAGAGGCCCUCCAAAAGCAACUAAGCACCUUGUUAAAAACAGGACAACUAAACUCCAUUUCUACCCCGAUACCUGAUGACCUCCACUUAAAUGAUUCUGCCAGAGUUGACCUUGAUGUUAGUGCUACAAGAACCACUCGUCACAUCUUAGUGCCGCAACCACGCGAGCUAAAGGAAAGGACUCCAUGUUGUCUUGCCCUUGAGGAGAAAGUUUCAGGCAACAACAUUGUCGUGGCGGAUGGUAUGGUACAACCCUCAGAUGGUGCAUUGCCCCAACAUUUUACAUCGAUGAAGCCUGGUCACUAUAAAGUCCAAGUUGAUUUUGUUUACGACGGACAUGUUGAUGAUAUUCUUCCGGUACCUACGGGAGAUGGUUUCACUAACUUAGGCGGUGCUCUGGGUAGUUUUGUGCAAUGGCCCAUACACUUAGUGAUUUUCGAAGACGGCGAGGAUUGUAUUUCACCUCCUAAAAAGAAGUCCAAGUCUAAUGUUUCUAAAGAGAGGGAUGGUAGCUCCAAGAAAAAGACAACGGUGUUAGCGGCCCAAAAGAAGACAACAGACUUACCAUCCAAGGAAUUUUCGCAUCCAAAGAAGUCGAAUUCUAAGCCUAAGUCCAACUUAGAGGUCGUGGGUAGUUGUGAUCGUAAAACACAAGAAUCAACCACCAAAAGCAAGAAAGCGGGACUUGUACACGAUGCAAUUCAAGGUCUUGGCCCGUCAUGCAAAUACUUGCAGUUUAUCAUGACUUCGGCGCCUGAUGAUAUAUAUGAUAAUACUACCAUCCCAUUGGCGGCCUCAGUUUGGCACUCGGAUUUUGAUCAAGAAACAUACAUAACUGCGUCUGAUAUAGGAGAGUUCCUUCGCGGGGCGUGCUUAAACAUUUCAGCGAUCCAAGUCUACAUAUUGUUAUUAAAUGUUUUAUUGUUGUUAAUAAAACUAUUAUUUCUUUGA